GUUCCACAGAGUCUCUCCCAUCUGCCUCUGCAUAAAAGCGAAUUCACUAUUCAUUUACUCUCUCCAUCUGCCCUCCUCCCCAAAGCUCCCUUCUUUUGGUUUCUCCCAAAACAAUAAAGAAAAGAAUUUUCUGGAGCGUAAUCUCUCUCUAGUUGAAGCUCAUCUUCUCUGCUAAGACGAAUCCAAUCCAAAGGGGGUUGUUGGAUCGUCUCAGCAGAGGGCUUCUAAACCAUGGGGAAUGAGAAAGCCGUUUCUGGAAACACCACCAUACCGCCCCAUUCUCGCCCCAUAACUCGUGCCCUUGCGUCUGCUUUGCGUGCUUCUUCUAAUCUCAUAACAACAUCUUCAGCAGAAGUGGCUGCUACUACUGCACUGAUCAACCAAGGAAGGGUUCUGAGAGCAAACAGUAAAAGAACAGCCUCGGAUGAUAAGAAUGUUGCCAAUAAUGCACCUAAGAGACGAGCUGCUGUUCUUAAUGACAUCACAAACGUUACCUGCAAGGAUUCUUACACAAACUGCUUCAAUGCAGCUAAAAUUCAGGUGGAGACUAUCAAACAGAUAAAGAAGGGAAGGACAAGUUCUUCCAAGGUGGCAUCAUCAUCAUCAUCUUCUUCUUCUACUUCAGAAGUUACAGAUGCAAAGGUACAAGCUGUGUGUAGCUUAGACACAAACGAAGCAUCUUGUAGCUUUAUGGAAAAGCCGAGUUCCAGGUUGCCUCCAAGACCCCCUGCGAGAUCAACUUCUACAGUUGUUGGAGGAAGUUCCACUGUGGCGGCAAGUAGCUCAAAAUUCAUUGACAUUGAUUCAGAUGAAAAGGAUCCUCUUCUCUGUAGCCUAUAUGCAUCUGAAAUUCACUACAACAUGCGUGUUGCUGAGCUUAAACGGCGACCAUCUCCUGAUUUUAUGGAGAGAACACAAAGAGAUGUGACAAAGACAAUGCGGGGAAUCCUUGUUGAUUGGCUUGUUGAGGUCUCAGAGGAAUACACACUUGUGCCUGACACACUCUACCUCACAGUCUAUCUCAUAGAUUGGUUUCUAAAUGGGAACUACAUUGAAAGACAAAGACUUCAAUUGCUCGGCGUCACUUGUAUGCUCAUUGCCUCGAAGUAUGAGGAAAUCUAUGCACCACGGAUUGAAGAGUUCUGCUUCAUCACGGACAACACUUACACAAGAGAUCAGGUCCUGGAAAUGGAGAGCCAAGUACUCAAGCAUUUUAGUUUUCAGAUUUACACUCCCACUUCAAAAACAUUCCUCAGGAGGUUUCUCCGAGCAGCUCAAGCUUCUCACCUGAUGCCAAGUGUGGAAAUGGAGUUUCUGGCGAAUUAUCUGACGGAGUUGACGCUAAUAGAGUAUGAGUUCUUGAAGUUUCUUCCUUCGGUUAUAGCUGCUUCGGCUGUUUUUCUUGCCAAGUGGACUAUGAACCAAUCAAGCCACCCUUGGAAUCCAACACUUGAGCAUUACACAACGUACAAAGCCUCCGAUCUUAAAGCAUCUGUUCAGGCCUUGCAACAACUGCAGCUUAACACCAAAGGAUGUCCUUUGAACUCUAUACGAAUAAAGUACAAGCAAGACAAGUUCAAAUCCGUGGCGGUGUUCACUUCUCCGGAGCUACAUGAUAGGCUAUUUUGAAAGAGAAGAGACUAAACCGAGCGGUUUUAUUAUCUUGUAAACCGAUAUAACACACGGAUAACAUUUGUCCUAUGUUCCGGUUUAAUGUCGUCCUGCAAUUCCUUUCCAUCUGUUACUCGCGGUUAAAUAAAACAGUAUAAAAAUCAAUUUUUCCACGGUAUAAUCCGGUUUAGUGUAUACA